AUUAUAUUUAUUCGUUAUAUUUAAUUAUAUAUCUAUAUGAGUUAAUUAUAACUGGUAUGUUCAACUGAAUAUAAUUAUUCAAUGUUAUUAAAUACCUGUUUCAAGAUAAAAUCAAUUCAGUCAUAUAUUUAGUAUUUAAUAAUAUAGAAGAUCUUUUAAAAAAUGCAUAAGAUGCACCAAGAUACAAUACCCACUCAUACAAUUUUACUUGCUGAGCAAAUUUAUAGUGUAGCAUUUUCACCUUACGAAUGGUCACAGAAUUUAUUAUGUAUAGCGCUGCUUAAUAAGAUCACCGUUGCCAGCAUAAGAUUUCAGGAAGCAAAUGAUGAACUUUCUACACCAUAUGAUUGGACAAUCCUGCGUGAGUUUCACAAUGACAGUAGAUGCCAUUCGAUCUGCUGGUCACCUGAUACUUCGCUUUCUGUUAUACCAAAGGUGGUGUUGUUUUGCAUAGCCUGUGCUGAUUUUCAAAUUCGGAUUAUUAAAAGUAAUAUGGUGGAUAACGAUACUGUUACUGUAUUAUCCGGUCACUCUAAUUAUAUAAAUUCAGUAAGUUGGGAACCUGAAGGUGAUUACAUAGCUUCUGUUAGUGAUGAUCAUACAGUAAAAUUAUGGACCACUAAAAGUACCACCAGCACAGAUAAGUGUGUUGCUACAUUAAAUUUAUCAUCUCCUGGUAUGGAUGUAUGUUGGCAUCCAGAAGAGAAUGGAAAGUUAUUGGCUGCUGAAAAGAAUGGGCUCAUACAUUUGUAUAAUAUACACUCUCAACAAGCUAUAUUGUCUUUGGAUGCUGGAAGUGUUCCUCUUAUGAGUGCUCAUUGGGCUCCUUCUAAUGGGGCUCGAGUAGCUGCUAUAACUUCGGGAGAGUUAAUAGUAUGGGAUAUGGAAAAGCCGAGUCGACCUAUUGAAACAAGACCACUGCAUGAAGAUGGUGCAUAUUUCUUAAGGUUUUCAUCAAUCAGUGAUCUAGUAUUAGCGACAGUAGGUCGACCGCAUAACACUUUAAAAGUUACUCAUACAAGAAUGAAAUUACCGCAAUUAACGUCAUCACUUAUGUUAUUUGGAGGCUUGACCUGGCAUUAUAUCUUGCCAUAUGUUUGUGUGGCUAAUGACCGAAAAUUAUGUUUUUGGAAGGUUUCUUCUAAAUAAUGAAUUUGAAAUCAAUUUUUGUACUAUUAAUUUGAUCAAAUAUAGAUUU